CUUCCGGCGUAUUUGCAUUGAAUGCGGAUCUGAAAAUCAUUGAAAACGGCUCAUUUUCGCCAUUUUCAUGCGCGGAGAAAGCCCAAAUAUGGGUUUCUUAUGACGAGAAUAUCCCGAAAAGGCUGAAAACUGCAAAACGGAAUUCUGCCGAGCCGCUGCCUUCAAUAACUCAAUUCAGACAGAUUCUCAUAAAAUCCAAAUUCAAAUAUUCUUUCAAAUUUCAGAAAGACUUUAUCGGCAAAGAUGCUCUGUUGAAGCAAAUUGAACGAGGUGUAUCGAAACGAUUUGUUCAAUUAUUGGUGGAUAUGCACGAUAAAGAAACCGACCCUUGGCCACAAGGAGGAGAGACCUUAGAUGGCAAACCGGUGGGUCAAACAACAACAGCAGCAUAUGGAUUCACACUUGGAUGUCAAGUUUGUACCGCAUAUGUGAUAAAUAACGAAUUUGGGAUAUCAGCCGACUUCCUGAAUCGAGGCAGUUAUGAACUGGACAUUGCUGGAAAACGUUUUCCAGUUCGAGUGAAUCUGCAUUCACCUUCACUACCGAUGAUCUCGUCAGAGCAUCCGUUGCAUUAUCGACCGACGCAAUAG